GCGAGUAACUCAGUAAGGAUAUAUUGACGCUUUUUGAGGGCCCGUUCUCGCGGCCCAGGCCCGCUCUCCCGCGGCGGCGCGCUACUCAACGCCACGAGCCUCUCCAUUGAAUAUCGGUACUGUCCGUGCUAUCGCUACGCCGUCCCCACGAGACAGCGACGUUGCUCGAUCGGGCCCGCAUCCCCUCCCAAUCUAUCCAUGCCCGUCCACCUCCGCACCAAGCGCGUUCCCGCGCAGCGUCCGCAGCUGCCCCUCGUCGAAUGGCAUCCAGCGCUCGUGCCUCUGCCUGUUCCUCGUGGACCUUCUGUGACGUCGCAGGUGAUCGCCCGGCCCUGGUUGCACCUCGUUCACAUCAUCAGCGGCCACCAUAUGUCUGAUCCAUGGCACGUAGUCCAGAAACACCGUGGGUCUCGGAAGCAGAGGCGCAUGAAGGGGCAGAAGCCUUCCCAGAACGACUAGCAUCUCGAAUUGGUAUUGCACGCGAGCGUGAUAAAUCGCCCGCGUGUCAGGAGCUUCUCUAGCUUCGAGCGGUGUUUUGGCGUCCACGAGGGACGCACGCGAGCGCCCGAGAACAUCGCGUGCCAUAUCCUCGUCUUGAUGGUAAAACGCUGGGAGGAUGUUUUGCAGGCCAGACAACGCGAUAGGCUUGCGCAGGUGCUGGUGUCCCAUCUCCUCGUCGGACGACGUUGGGAUCCCAUCCGGAGCAUUGGCCU